AAUCGUUCAAGCAGAAGCAGUUUGAAAAUCUCUCCUCCCCUCCACGCCGCGUAGGCUAUAUUUAAACCAUGAACGUGCAAAGAACCGUGCGCUCUGGGCUGCAAUUUCGAAUUUGAGGAAUUACCUGGCGGGGCUUUGGGAAUAGGCUACAUCGGCAAACCACUUGUGUGAAUACAUUUGUAGAAGAAAACCAUUCCAACAUGAAUCCGUUAUGUGGAAGAUGCAAUAAAGCCGUUUACCCCACGGAAAAACUGAAUUGCUUGGAUAAGUAUUGGCAUAAAGGGUGCUUCAACUGUGAGGUGUGCAAGAUGACCCUAAACAUGAAGAAUUACCAAGGCUUUGACAAGAAACCAUAUUGCAGUAUGCACUACCCGAAGACCUCCUUCACAAUAGUGACUGACACCCCGGAGAACCUUCGCCUCAAAGAACAGAGCAAGAUGAACAGCCUGGCAAUUUACAAAGAGGAGUUUGAGAAGAACAAGGGGAAGGGCUUCAGCGUGGUCUCUGACACUCCUGAGAUGCAGAGAGUGAAGAAAACUCAAGACCAGAUUAGCAACAUUAAGUACCAUGAGGAUUUUGAGAAAAGCAGAAUUCGAAGUGAUGCGCCUCCCCCUGAGAAUACCAUGCAAGAAAAUGUACAGCAGUCACCAGCUAACCCGCUGAGCUACAGCCAUCAGGCUGAGCCAGUGCGUGCUGUACCGCCACCUAGUGGAGAGAAGCGCUUCCGGGCAGUUUACAGCUACACAGCCACUGAUGCAGAUGAGGUGUCCCUCCAGGAAGGUGACCUGGUCGUAGACGUGCAGCAUAUUGACGAGGGUUGGAUGUAUGGCCGCAUUGAACGCACAGGUCAACAAGGAAUGCUCCCUGCCAAUUACGUCCAACCGCUCUGAAACCUGAGCGUUGGGCCUUGCUCUGUAGUGUGAAACGUUACAAAACAUAGAAAUUAAAUGUGCUGUGUCGAACAGUUAUGACCAUAAAGUGUAGGGAACCUGUUUAAUUCUACAAAGUGUGUGUCUAUCUGCUAUGCUGUAAAUGCUUCACAUUACAAAAAUAGACCUAGCAGAACAGAUGAAAUAAAGAACAAGGAGAAUUGGGAGGGUGGUAAGAAAAGGAGAGAAAAUGACAACCAAAAUGUAAUUAGAUGUAAUGUUUACAUUGCAUUAAAUGUAAUGUAAUUGUAAUUUUAGGGAAGAUUGGUUCAGGGUAGAUGCAAUGUUGUAUUCACAUGCCUCUCAAGUCAUUUCAUGUAUGUUUAUUUGAUUUCAGAAUGGACAAUUCACAUUAAUUAACAUGCACUUAACUCAUGGAAAUGUACCAGAUUUAGCCAUACAGGCUCAUUUUCAUCUGCAUUCCCUGGCAAGUUGAUGUUAUACAAAAACAAUGAAGAAGGAAAAAAAACAUAGAAGAUCACAUAUGUACAUAGGUACACACAAACCACAUAAGCACAGACAAAUAGUAAAACAAUGACAUAACCACUACUAUUUUGACAGCAUGUAUGAUUGUCCAUUAACCACUGUUAUGGAUUUGGAGAAAGAGUUGAGAGAUGUGUAAUGUUCCAGGUUUGUGCAUUUCAGUAGGAAGAAAAUGACUGCUGAAAGGUACUUUCAGCAGUCAUGGUAUUUGGUAUUUUACAAUCCCUUCUGGUAGAUGAGUUUUAAUUUAGUUUGAUUAAUUAAUUUAGCAGACCCAGACCAUAACACAUUUUAUUCAAGUAAAAUAUCGGCAAAUUUGACAUUUAGUUAAGUUUACACUGAUGAUGAAUUUCAGUUUCAAUAUGAUAGAAAUUCUUACUGCUUUUUAAUUUUAGCCUUUGCUUACCAACAAAUACCAGCACUCGCACUUGUAGCUAUAAAAUACAUUGCUUCCUUUAUAUGUGGGCACAGCAGAGAGGCGAUUGCCAUAUGUAGGCAUUUCCCCACAAUCUGAUAUUGCUUCCAUUUGCAUUUAUUAUACCUGUUUUAAAAUCUGGUAUGAUGAUGACUACACAACCAUGUAGGUAUCAUAAUAAUAACACAUGCAUGGACAAGUACACAUUUAGGCUUUGCGAUUAAUAAUCAAAUAUAUCCUGAAAAGUGGUUGACCAAUACCUAAGAACAGUACAACAUUAGCAUUUCGAUUGAUAAUAUGCAAACAGUAUGUUGAACAGUAAAUGGCCAAUCCACGAUGCCAUAUUACAUUUACAUUUAGUCAUUUAGCAGACGCGCUUAUCCAGAGCGACUUACAGUAAGUACAGGGACAUUCCCCCGAGGCAAGUAGGGUGAAGUGCCUUGCCCAAGGACACAACGUCAGUUUGCAUGACCGGGAAUCGAACUGGCAACCUUCGGAUUACCAGCCCGAUUCCCUAACCGCUCAGCCACCUGACUCCCAUAUUAAAAUCUCGUAAGUAAACUGCUGAAUAUUUUAUGUAUUGAGUGUGAAAUAGAUUCCUUUGCCAAACCAAAAUUGAAAAUGUUCAACUUCUAUUACAGCAGCAGCAACUUAUAUUUGGCAAUAAAUCAAUGUAACUAGUUAGCAUUGUUGAACAAGGAAAAUAUGUUUGUUUAAAGUAUGUUUAUGCUACAAAAUACCAAAGAUCAAACACUUUCACCAAACUUUUUUUUCAACAAACAAUCCUGAUUUCUGUUAUGUGAUGUGAAAAGAGUAUUCACAUAAUAAUUAGUAUUACUUAAAUAUGCUUUUAACGAUAUUAUAGUGGUAGAUCUCUUCCGUUUGUUGUCUGACAGAAUUUUGAGUUAAAAAAUAAAAGGGUUCGAUUUUGAUUACAAAUUAUAAAUAAAAACAUGGCACAAAAGUGAAUAAUUGUAGGAAACAGCCUUUGUCUGAGUAAACCUAUAUGAUGUCAAACUAAAAUUGAGUCCAGCUGUGUUUUAUCCUUGGGACAGUUACUUGAAAAGGUUACUUUUUUGUUCACGGUUGUCAGGAGUUUUGGUGGCAGCCAUGUUAUUUGUUCUUGCACAAGCUCUGCGUUUUGUCCUAAGCAGUCCUGACAUAAUCUGGAAACAGAAGUCACAUUGAGGAUGAUAAUAUGGGGACUAUUUCUGACAAAGGUAAACUUUACAUUGGUUUCCAAUUCCCAAAAUAUUUAAUGGGAAAUAUGUACAUGUCAUGAUGUUUCUAUAUUAUCUGCUUUAGUAAAACCGUAAAAUAUACCUACUCUUCAUAAUUUACACUGGCCAAUUUGAGGAAUGUCAUCUUGUUUGCUGCUUCAAAUUAUGAGUCUCUAUGACUUAGAACCAUAUCUAAGUCAUAUCUUAAAGUAACAUAAGAAACUGAGACCUAAAGUUGGUAGUCGGCAAAUAUGUAAAAUGUUGGCGUACAAAAAAAGGUUUAGAGAAAAUCUCUUUCUUUAAGCUCCUUAACACACGUCAUCUAGUCACUGGUUUGAAUAGGAUCAAAACAGUAUUAGUUUAGUUAUAAAUACCACAUGUUACAACAGCCUCUAAACUUUGUUUCACCCCCUUAUCAUUUGUGAAUUUAUGGUUGGACAAGCACACAUACACAUAAAAACAAGGCUAAUCCAGUAUUAUGUAUGUAAAUUUACAUCUGAAAUACAAAUGUAAUGCAAUUUUAUAUACUAUAUAUAAAUAUACAUAUAUCUGUGUGUAUAUGUGUGUGCACAUAUAAUGUAUGCAGAAUGUUCCUUUCAGCCUGCAUGUGCUGCCAUCCUUUUAGGUUUGCAUAGGAUAUCUGAUUAAAUUAAUGCCCAAUUUGAUGUUUACAUUCAAGUUAAUAUUUCAUGCCACAUAUUACUUUUUCACCAAAGUAUCAAACAAGCUGAAGUAAUUCUAAAUUAGUCUCAACCACUUGAGGAAAGACACAGGGUGAAAAUGAUUUGCUUUCUCCAAGUAUAGGUGGUUUCCCUUUGCAACACAAAUACAAAAAAGUACUUGACAUAGAAAGUGGCAGUGAGGAGAAGCUUGCAAAAAAUUCAAAUAACUAUAAUUGCAGUUGUAACAUAAGGAGUACAGUAAGCUAUCAAUACACACACUGAAAUAGUACAGUCAUGUUAGGAUUCAUCUGCAGGACUAGCAGUUAAGUGGUGUAAUUCAGAAAUACAUUCGUUUUCACUUGGGUACAAGCAGUCUUACCUGAGGAGGGGGUAUGGUUGGUUCUGGAACACAAGAAUGUCUUUGCAGUGGUUUUGCAACGGGGACCUUAGGAUAGUGAUCUUUAGACACAAGGUUGAAUGAAUAACUAAUAAAACACUAUACUCUCAAGUUCCAACUCGUAUGUUUUAGGCUAUUCAUCAGGGAAAUGUGUGCAUAUUACAACGAGUAAACAGGGUCCCUUGAAAUCACCUUAACUACAAAUGAGCUGUUCUUAUGUCUUAUACAACUGGUAUAAGAUGAGAAUUAUUAUACUCAGCAUAUUCCAGCCAAAACACUAUUCUGGGGGCUUUUCUUGUGUUGAGAAAUGAGCAAAAGACAACUUUCCUUUUAUGAAGGGUAUUUGCUCCACCCCAAAACAUUUUGAACGUCUUGAAGGUAUUUUUUUUUUUACCUGCUGUUUUUAUAUUUCUGCUUAAGUAAAAUAGACAAUUUACCUAUUCUUCAAAAGUUACACUUGCCAAUUUUAGGAACGUCUUGUUUGCUGCUUCAAAUUACAAGGCUCAUACACCACAAAGUGUGCCACAAACUUAAAGUAAUGUUACAAACUGAGAACUGAUGUUGCAAGUCAGCAUUCAAAAGGAAAACUACUUUUCAAACUCCAGUGACAGUUUAUAUUUCAGAUGAUAUCUGUGCUUGACUAAACUUCUAUCAUACUAUUACUCCUAGUAUGGAUGUUUAAAUAACAACUACGCUACUGUAGCUGUAACUUAAUAUUAAUU